GGGGGUGCCGCCCCCUCCCGCCGUGCCGCGCGGCGGAGGGAGGGAGGCGGCGGAGGGAGGGAGGCGGCGGCGCAGGCGCGCUCUCGGACGGCGGAGCCAUGGCCGCGGCUAGGCUCUGCAGAAUUAGGACUAAAGUCUGCGUGGCACCGUCUUUUGGGAGAUGUGCACGAAAUGGGCUCUGGACAAGGUCAUGGAAGAAGGAAGAUGCUCGCCCACCGUGUUUUUUUGGUACGUGGGAGUGUUUGCAGUCACAAAACCAGCGAGUUAAUGGUGGUCUUAAUUAUCUUGGGAGACAGCGAGAGCCACCCGUGCGUCUGUGCCAUUCCGCCCCUGCUGCUGUGGUCCGACAGAAGGCUGUGGAUGUGAAAACAGAAGAGUUCAAACUGGUCUACAGGUUUCCGGGGAUUAAGUACUGCAGGGUGCUCUCCAGACUGAAGCUGUUACAGACUGCCACCACCGUGGUCAUGCUGCCUCCCAUCUGCUACCUCUAUCUGCAAGACCAGGUUUCUCAGAAUAUCCUCAUAUAUACAACUGGCAUUGCGUUCUUUGCUGGUGCAAUGUUGUAUGCUAUGAGCUACUUUUUCAGACGAAUUAUUGGAUUAAUCUACUUAAAUGAAACUGGCCGUACCGUCAGAGUGGCCCACUUGACGUUUUGGGGAAAACGGAAUGACAUUUACUGUCCCAUAGAGGCAGUGAUGACUUUGGAUGAAGUUGGAGAUAGCAAGGAGGAGCUACUUCUCCAGUUCAAACGGUAUAACAGUACAGAUAUUUUAUAUUUUACAAUUAAGUUUGGCCAGAUUGUAGACAGACAGAAGUUUACUCAAAUAUUUGGAAAACUUGAGUGAUACAGCAGCUAAUUUCCAGUGGUUUUCCUUGUUGCAUUUUCAUUGUGCUUAUUCUUCUGUGAAGUUUAAUUAGUUUACCAAACUGUCAUACUUCAGUCAUUUUCCUAUGCAAAGCCUGUUGGUAAGUGCACUCAGUGUAGAAAGCAGAAAUGGUAAAGAACAAUCCGCUGGAUUAAAUGUCUUUGCAGCUUG